AUGCAGCUCAGGAUAUGGUACUGGCAUGGUGGCUUCUAUGCAACUGAACAGCUUACAUCCCUGAAGGCUUCAGAAGGGAAUACUUCAAGAGAACCAAGGGAAAGAUCUGACUCCCUCCGCAGCAUCCUCAGCGCCGGGGCUCCUGGCCGCCGCCAGAGGGGCGCGCUCCGGCCUCCGGCACCCGCUGACUCCCCAGCACGGUUAGGACGCUCAGACCGCGGACUUGCGGAGGCAGUCUGGCCGGCCUGUUGGGAGGCGGGGCACUGGCGGCCUCAGCCGGGACGUUCGGCCCGGCCCGGCGGGCCGCGGAGUGGCGGCGAGGGGGGCGCAGCGGGGCAGGGCGGGCGCGGCGCGGAGGAAGUGCGGUCUUCGCGGCUCGGCGCGGGGCCGCAAUGUCGUCCCGGCUCGGGCGCGACGACUCGGGGACCGGGGGCGCGCGGCGGCCGCGGGAGCCUCCGAAGCAAGAGCUGCAGCGACGCCGGGAACAGAGGCGGCGGCGACACGACGCGCAGCAGCUGCAGCAGCUCAAGCACCUGGAGUCCUUUUAUGAAAAACCUCCUCCUGGACUUAUCAAGGAGGAUGAGACUAAGCCAGAAGACUGUAUACCAGAUGUCCCAGGCAGUGAACAUGCCAGGGAAUUUCUGGCCCACGCACCAACCAAAGGACUUUGGAUGCCACUGGGGAAAGAAGUCAAAGUCAUGCAGUGUUGAUGCUGUAAACGAUAUGGUCACCGAACAGGCGACAAAGAAUGCCCUUUUUUUAUCAAAGGCAACCAAAAGUUAGAACAGUUCAGAGUAGUAAGUAGAACCCCACUAUAUCAAUUUACAUUUAUCAGAGAUAGUGAAUAUCAGUUGAUUAGGUACUAACAGUGAACUGCAAAUUCACACAAAAUACAUUCCCAGAAGUCAUUUGGCCAAAGUAUCUGGUGUUAACUACAUUUGUGUUAAAUUACAGGCGUACCUCAGAGAUGUUGCAGGUUUGGUUCUAGCAAUAUCUAGAACCUCAAUAAAGCAAAUAUCACAAUAUAGUGAAUGACAUGAAUUUUUAAAUUUCCCAACACAUAUAAAAGUCAUGUUUACUCUAUGCUGUAUUCUGUUAAAUGUGCAAUAGCAUUCUGUCUAAAAAAAUAAAGUACAUAACUUAAUUUAAAAUACUUUCUUGAUAAAGAAUGCUAACCAUCAUCUGAGCCUUCAGAGAGUUGUAGUACUAACAUCAAAGAUCACUGAUCACAGAUCGCCCUAACAAAUGUAAUUAUAAUGAAAAGUUUGAAAUAUUGUGAGAAUUACCAAAAUGUGACACAGUGACAUGGUGUGAGCAAAUACUGUUGGAAAAAUGAUGCUGAUAUACUUGCUCAAUACAGUUGCCACAAACCUUCAAUUUGUAAAAAACGUAGUACCUGCCAAGUACAAUAAAGUGAAGUGCAGUAAAA